GUUGACAUAUAUAUUUUAGUUAUGCAUAAACAUUCUAGAAUUAAGUAGAAAUAAAUCGUCGCCUGUAAAUAAACAUUUUUUGACUGCCAUGUGUUUAUAAACAUAGUAAAUUUCGCUGAACUUGUUUUGAUUGUUAUACGAUAAACGUAAUUGCGGCAAGCGUUAUCAUGAUGAAUGUUUACACUCAACAUAUUCUCCAAACAGUUGUAGCGCAAAUAUGCGAUACUGUGGGAUGGCACAGUAUUCAAUCAACACCUCUAGAAUUAUUAAUGGAUCUUUUACACAGACACCUCACAAUGACGGCGACUUCUAUGAAAGAAUAUGCUGAAUUAUUUGGAAGAACAGAACCAAAUCUUAAUGAUUUAGCACUUGUUUUCAAAGAUAAAAAAAUAUCCAUUGGUGAUUUAGAAGAAUAUGUCCAAUAUGUAGAACCGGUACCAUUUAUAAAGCCAGUUCCACAGUAUCCAAUCCCUAGAGAAAGUCACCUAAAUUUUUUAAAACCUGGUAGCAGGGAGGUUUUGACCAGACCUGUUCACAUUCAUGAAUACUUGCCACCUAUGUAUCCAGAACAAGAAGAAGAAGAAGAAACAACUGCUGCGUCAAAUGCGGAUACCGAUAAAAAUGUAGCUAUGACUGAAAAUCCAAAUGGUAACCAGCAACAAGAUGGUGUGUUCAAGAGGCCGAAUGAACCCCCUACUGAGACGCCCAUGAAACGGCCCAGCCCAAGAAUCAAGGAGGAAGAAUGUAGUGCUAGACCAACAAGAGAAAUCAGCAGCGUCAUGAUGACUACGUCCGGUUUCAUUUCGCCUGCUAGAGAAGGCAAGCUUCCUGAGGCGCGGCCACCAAUCCUUAUACCAGAAUCAAAUAAUUCUUCAGCGGCUACUGCCGAUUGCGCUGCUCCUGAGCAAGUUUUAGUUAAAGAUGAACACAAGAAAGUGAAGAAAUUGAAAGGACAGCAUAGCUUCAAAGCUAAGGAUAAAACUAAAAAGAAAACCAAAGAUGCAAUGUUAAAUGCAAUUGCAAUUGCUGAGAGUGCUAAUAUUAAACCAAUUGAUAUGUCACCUUCAACAAGUGAGAAGCGCAAGAAGGUUGUUAGUAUGAAAGAAGUGUUGAAGAACAAAGCUUUAAAAACCGGUGUUGUUAAGACUGAUAAUGUUCCAGUUCAGGAGCAGUAUAUAGAUGUAGAAGAAGAUGAUGAAAAACCAAUUGAUUUCACAAUGGAGAAUUUGCAAAAGAUUUUGCCAAAAGCUAUGAACCAAACACAAACUUAUUCUCCACCAGUAACUACUUCAUUUAUGCACAAUUCACAAGUGACAAUCGAACCUGUCAACUCCGUUGAAGAUAAAGUUGAGAAAUUGCCAACUGCCACUACAUCUGGCAAUGAUAAACAAAAAUUGAGUGUGUUCAAAAAACAAAAGAAGAGCAUAAAAGAAGAGAAAUCUCAUGAUUACGUUAUAAAUCACGAUAUAAAGAAAUUUGAAGCAAGUUCUAAAGUAAUGGAUGUAGUUGAACAACCCAUCUUGUCUUCGACAUUUCAGGAUUCAAGAAAUUACAUGGAGGUGGAUCAAAAACCCGUGUUUGUUAAAUCAGAAAUUCCAUUUGAAGAGUCUCCUCGUCCAGGCACUUCAUCAUCAUCGCAUGCCGAAUUAAAUAAUUUCAGUGCAUCAUCACCGCUAAUUAAGUUAGAGAAAGAAAAAGAUAAAAAGAAAGCUAAGAAGGAUAAAGUUAAAACAAAGAAAUUAAAGAAAAUGAUCAAAACUGAAAAUAAUCCAAUAGAAGAUGAAUCUGAAGAUUCAGAUUAUGCUGAUGAGGUUCAAGAAUCGUCAUCUUCUUUUUGCCCUCCUGGUCUAAAUCCUUAUUUAGGAGUGCCUUAUUCGCCUUUUGCUAAUUCACCUAGUCUCAUUCCAAAUCCAAGUCUGUUCACGCAGUUACUUACAUCGUCGCCAGUAAAUAAGGUGUUUCCUAGAUUUCCAUUUCCUGUACAUUCUGGCUUUCCGGCAUUUGGCCAGCCGCCACACAUGUCAUCAAUUACUCCCAUGCCGCCAAUGGGGAUGUUUUUAAAUCAAGGACAAAAUGAACCUGAGGUAGAGGAAAAGGAAUCUGAACAGCCAAUUAAGGAAGAAGCUCCUGUGAUAGUGCCUGUCUGUAACGUUCCACCGCUAGUUCUUCCGACAGAUGAAGAGUUUCUAACGUCAUCCCAAUCUAAUGUAAUCGAAGCAGUUAAAGAGGAAGUACCAGUAGAAGAGAAAAAGAAAGAUAAGGAACAUAAGAAGGAGAAAAAAGAUAAAGAGGAGAGAUCCAAGAAAAAGAAAGAUAAGAAAGACAAAGUGAAAAAUAAGGAUAAGGAGAAGAAGCGAGAGAAGGAUAAGGAAAAGAGUGAGAAAAAGAAGGAGAAAAAAGAAAAGAAGAGAGAGGAGAGAGAUACAGCAGACGGAGGAAUUCCUAAGUUGACGCUUAAAUUUGGACCAAUGGAUCCAUCAUCGCCUCGCCCACAGACACCAGAUUCGACCGGAUCUCGCAAGAUAACUAUUAAGCCUCUUGCUCCAAGGGCUGAAGUUGAAAAGGCCGCAACUCCUGAACGGCCGGUACGAGAGCCUUCUCCGGAACUUGCAAAAAUAUCGGCGCUGUACACUCGUCCUCCGAAACCAAAAAUACCAAAGUUGAACAACUCUGUUGAUACGUCCGUUCAGGAUCCAAAUCAACCAGUCGCUAGUACUUCUAGCGCCUCGCGUGAAUCUAGAAGCAGCCGCAAGUCUGCAAUUGUGGAAAUUCCUCCUCUGCCACCACCACCAGCAACUAAAUCCGUGGAUCAGAAUGGUGAUGAAGUUUGGAUCUGCCCUGCUUGUGGACGUCAGGAUGAUGGCAGUCCAAUGAUAGGUUGUGAUGAUUGUGAUGCUUGGUACCAUUGGGUUUGUGUUGGCAUUCAGAUUCCUCCAGACACAAACGAAGAUUGGUACUGUAGCCACUGUAUUCAACGCAAGCAGCAGCAGGCAAUGUUGGAUAAUGACAAGAAACGCAAGCGUAAGAAGAGCAAAAAAGGUCAUUAAAGAUACAUACAUGUUUAUCUUUGCAGCUUACAUAUAUACUUCUUUUAUUUUAUUGCUACAGACAUAUAUUGUUUCAUGUACAUAGUAUAUCAAGCAAUCUACUUAUAUAUUACUUGAUGUACUAGUACUUACCAUUGUAUAGAGUUAUAUAUACUUAUAUCUUCAUUGUUGUGUAUAGUAUUCUUGUUAUAUCUC